AUGUUGCGUGCCUUCACUACAGUGCGGAAUGCUUCCUCACAUUCUUAUCAGAAGACUUUACGACUUCCAAAGACGAAAUUCCCGAACAGAUCUAACUUGCAGAAGACUUUAGACCAAUUGCUUCCUCAAAGUUCACAGCAGACUUACUCUCAGCAGUACUCUAAGCUUUUGACGAAGCUUUCAAAGAUUGAGCAGUGUCCAGAUGACAUGAAGCUGCAGUUUUUACGGGAGAAUGUAUUCAUAUUGCAUGAUGGUCCGCCGUAUGCGAAUGGAGAUUUGCAUUUGGGCCAUGCACUAAAUAAAAUAUUGAAGGAUAUAAUAAACAGGUUCCAACUUCUGAAUGGGAAACAUGUUGUGUACAUUCCUGGUUGGGAUUGCCAUGGGUUACCGAUUGAAUUGAAGGCCUUGAACAAACUGAACGAUCAGUUGGAUAGGAUUUCUCCCACCAAGAUUAGGUCGAUUGCAAGAGCGCAUGCGCAGAAAACUAUUAAAUCUCAAAGGCAACAGUUUGAGCAGUUCGGCAUUUUAACAAACUGGGACACUAAUUACGUUACCAUGGACCCCAAGUUCGAAAUUAAUCAAUUAUCUGUCUUCCAAGAGCUUUUCAGAAAGAAGUUGAUUAAGAGACAAAGAAAGCCCGUAUAUUGGGGCACUGAAACUAAGACAGCAUUGGCUGAAGGUGAACUAGAAUAUAAGGAAGAUCAUAUCUCAAUCGCAGCGUACGUGAAGUUCCCAUUGACUGAAGAAAGUAAAUCUGUAUUGGGCUUCCCUGAAGCUCCGGUAUCUUUUUUGAUCUGGACUAGUACUCCGUGGACUUUGUUGUCUAAUAGGGCCAUUUGUUUUAAUCAGUCACUGGAUUAUGUGUUAAUCAAACAUAACGGCGAAUACAUGAUUGUUGAAAAGAAUUUGGCUGAUAAACUCGAUUUCCUUUCCGGCUUUGAACUGGUGAAAGACUUGGAUGGAAACUUUUUGUCCCACCUAAAGUAUACCAACCCUAUUCUCAAAGACAAUGUCACUCGUCCAUUAUUCCAUGGUGAUCAUGUUACCAGUGUCACGGGUACUGGUCUUGUACACACUGCUCCAGGUCAUGGUCAUGAAGAUUAUAUCAUUGGAAUCCAAAACUUUCUUGAAAUCUUCUCCCCGGUUGACCAUGAGGGCAGAUACAACGUCGAAGAGCUUCCUGCUCAUUUAAGAGAUCUUUUGAAAGAAGAAUCAGGAAAAGGCCGUAAAGUUCUAGACAGAACAACCACUGAGAAAAUUCUCAGUGUGUUAAAGGGUGAAAACAUGUUGAUGCACCAUCAUGAAUAUGUCCACUCAUAUCCGUAUGACUGGAGGUCAAAAAAGCCAAUCAUCAUUAGAGCUACUCCACAAUGGUUUGCUGAUUUACACGACGUUAAGACUCUGGCAUUGAGAGCCUUGGAAACAGUAAAGUUUGUUCCCGAGCGUGGAAUAAACAGACUUUCCUCUUUCAUUAAAACCAGAAACGAGUGGUGCAUAUCAAGACAAAGGUACUGGGGUGUUCCAAUUCCCUCGUUGCACAAAAGAGAUGACCCUGAUUCUGUGUUGAUGAAUGAGGAAACUAUAUCACACAUUAUCAAAACUAUAGAAUCCAAGGGUGUUAACUCCUGGUUUGCAGAAUCAACGGUCGAUUCAAUGUACCAAUGGCUUCCUAAAAAGUAUCAUGAUAUAGCUCACGAAUAUUAUAGAGGAACGGAUACGGUUGAUGUUUGGUUUGACAGUGGUAGUAGUUGGAAUGUUAUUGCCGAUUGGUAUAAAAAUGUUGCCGGCUUGCAAUCCCAGUUACCUGUACCGUUAGCGGAUAUAUAUCUAGAAGGUUCUGAUCAACAUAGAGGGUGGUUCCAAAGCUCAUUGUUGACAAAAGUUGCGUCCAGUGGGAUGCCUGAUGCACCUUACAAGAAUGUUAUAACACAUGGCUUUACACUAGACGAAAAUGGUAUCAAAAUGUCAAAAUCAAUUGGAAACACUAUUUCACCUGGUGCCAUUAUAAAAGGCGACCCGAAGGCCAAUCUUCCGGCUUUGGGCGUUGACGGUUUGAGAUUAUUAGUAGCACAGUCAAACUUUACUUCUGAUGUUGUUGCUGGCCCAACUGUAAUGAAACAUGUUGCAGAUGCUUUAAAGAAGUUUAGACUAACGUUUAAAUUCAUCUUAGGUAAUUUACAAGAGACUCAAAGUCACGGAUUAAUACCUUUUUCAGAGCUGCGCAGAGUGGACCAGUAUACAUUACUAAAUCUGAAGGCAUUGAGCCAGGAAACCAAAAAACUCUAUCAACAGUACAAUUUCUCAAAUGUCUUAACUCAGGUUCAAUACCACAUGAACAAUGAUCUUUCCGCACUUUAUUUCAGUGUCACAAAAGACUCCUUAUAUUCAGACUCCUUGAAUAACAAGAAACGAUUGUCAAUUCAAACGACAUUGUUCCAUAUUCUUGACACUUACCGUAGCAUAAUGUCACCAAUCAUCCCAAUAAUGGUUCAAGAAGUUUGGAAUUAUACCCCUAAGGAAUGGAUUAAUGAAAAUUCCUCUGAAGGAGUGGCGGAAAUCGAAACUCCAUUCACUAGGCAAUGGGACUCAUUGCAAGACGUCCCAUCUUCUAAUGAUGAACGACUGGAAAGCUUUGCAUCGAAUGAGUUGAAAAUUCUGAAUAUCUUCACUGAGAAAUUUAAUAGGAUGGAAGAUAUUACAAAAACAUUGCAGGUGAAAGCAACCAUAUACUGUUCAGAUCCUUCAUUGUUACCAUUUACAGCGGAAGAAAUGGAGGAUUUAUUACAAGUUGGUAAACUAAAUAUUGAGCACGGUAAUAGAUCCGACCUAGAAUCGAUCUCACUACCAUCAGUUGACAUCCAGUUACUGCUAGAAGAAAGUACGUCUGAUAAAUGUCCUAGAUGCUGGAAGCAUAACUCCCCAAGUGAGGACACUCUGUGCAAUCGUUGCGAGGAAGUUAUUAAUGCAUUAUGA